GAACAAAAGAAUAUUCUCAUUCCUAUUCCGAUUUCAAUCCUGUAUCCAUCUUCAUCUUCAUCUUCAUCUUCUAGCUCCAUCUCUGUAAUCAGUGAUGAAAUUUGGUAAAGAAUUCGGGAUCCAUCUCGAACAAACCCUACCGGAAUGGAAGGACAAGUAUCUGUGUUACAAACCCCUUAAAAAACUCCUUAAACACCUUCCUAAUCACACCGCCGAUGACGUCGACGAUCAUCCUCAACCUGUUAACUCCCAUCGCAAUCUUCCACAUCACUUGGACGAUCUCCAGCAGUGGUUUGUUAGGAUUCUCAAUGAAGAACUCGAUAAAUUCAACGAUUUUUAUGUUGAUAGAGAGGAAGAAUUCGUCAUCCGAUUUCAGGAAUUAAAACAAAGAAUCGAGCGAGUAAAAGAUAAAAGCUGCAAAGAUGGAGUGUUCACAUCAGAAAGUGAAUUUAGCGAGGAGAUGAUGGCAAUACGUAAAGACUUUGUCACCAUUCAUGGCGAAAUGGUGCUUCUCAAAAACUACAGCUCCUUAAACUUUGCAGGUAUCAUUAAAAUAUUGAAAAAGUACGACAAAAGAACGGGCGGAUUACUACGUGUACAUUUCACACAACUCGCCCUUCGUCAGCCUUUCUUCACCACGGAACCGCUCACGAGGUUGGUGCACGAGUGUGAGGAAAAUCUCGAACUCCUCUUCCCUUUAGUAGCGGAAGUAGUCGAAUCUACUAGCGGAAUGUAUCCCGCGACCGCCAAUACAACCACCGUGCCAUUGUCGUUUGCGGAGGGAACUUCCGAUGUUUAUAGGCGGACAGUCGAUGCUAUUAGAACCAUAAAGGGUCUAAAAAAGGAAAGCUCGACCUCAAAUCCGUUAUCGUUUGCAUCUAUUUUUGGAACCCAGGAUACCGAUACUGGCGCCAUAACUGCCGAGGAUUCACCAUCGGACUCAUCAACUUCCUCACAAUACGAAAACGAUCACGAUGAAUCACGGCCCACCGAGUAACGGAUUUUUUUUGGUUUGAUGACUAUCGAGUAGGAAUAAGAAUGAUAACAUUUCGAUCGUUUCGAUAUUUUGGUAUUGUAAGCUCUUUUUUUGUUUUCAAGUGUUCGAAUGUUGGUUGUUUCGGCUUUUUUCCCUUUUUAAGGUCACAUGGUUUAAUCAUUUGAGAACUCCAGAAUUUGUGA